AUGCUACAUUUGAAGCUCGUCACGCUCGUCCUCGUCCGAGUCGCAACAUGCCUCUCUUUGCCCCGACAAUACGUUCGCCCCAACGCAUGCUGCUUCACGCUCCACGACUCAUCCACCGACGAAACCGUCCGGCAACAAACCAGGCACGGCUUGCUGUACGUGGGCGGUUCUCAACCUACCGGCUGGUACUGCAUCGACCUCUCUGGUGCCAAAAAGGUCCUCUGGGACGCCUUCAACAACGCGUGCUUCGUCAACCCCGAUAAAGAGGUUCGGUGUCUCGAUCCUAUCCCGAGCGGCGAUUCUUGGGGUAUGAAGCAGAGCGGCGACGACGUAUUGGUUACCGUCAAUGGAGCUCAUUUCAUCUCGGUCCGAUGA